GAAUCGCAUCUAAAUAUGGAUGAGUCUAACUUUUUUGCAGAAAUGAGGACCAGUGUUGACCAGAGGCUCAUCCAAACAGAAUUUGGAUCAGCAGAAGGUCAGCGGGGGCGGACCAGAACCAGAACCAGCUUCAGGGAAAAGGAAAGUGAAGCUUUAAUUCUGUCCAGGAUCCCCAGGAUGAAGGACACGUUCAGGUUUCUGGUGGUUUUGGUUCCUCUGCUGGUUUCUGUGCAGCGCUCAGAGUGUUUGCGGUGUUUUGGUUCUUUUGACCUGACCACAGGUGAGUGUAGUAAAGAUUUGGGCAAUGUGGACCAAGAUGAUUGCUGCCAGAACUCCCGAUUCGGCUACGAAGCAGAAGAUGGAUCAUGUCAUUCAUGUGGUCCACCCACAUGGUCUCCCUGGACGUCUUGGUCAUUCUGCAAUGUUCUGUGUGGGGAGGGCGUGAGACAGAGAAGCAGGAAGUGUCAUGGCAUUGGAGAAGCAGAGUGUGACAACCCUCAGGACACACUGCAGACAGACGUGUGCAGUGGCACCUGCUGCAAUGAUACGGGCUGGGGCUUAUGGAACCCCUGGACUCCAUGCUCAGUCACCUGUGGAGGAACAGGAACCCGAACAAGACGGAGAGUCUGCUCCAAUCCUCCUGAAUGUCGAUCGCUAUGCAUUGGGCCUGAAGAAGAGAAGGAGUCCUGUGAGGCCAGCAACAGGUGUCCGGUCCAUGGAAGUUGGUCAAGUUGGGAAGCUUGGUCACAGUGCUCUGGUUCCUGUAUCACUGACCAAAACAUGCCCACAAGAGUACGACGGCGCACCUGCUCCAACCCGGCCCCCUCUACUGACACGGUACCACCAGGCAACAACUGUCCUGGUGAUGCUCUUGAGACGCAGGACUGCAGCGAAAUCCCUAAUUGUCCAGUGGAUGGCAACUGGGGGAACUGGUUUCCACCUGCCCAGUGCUCCGUCUCUUGUGGAGAAGGUCUGCAGCUGUCAUUUAGGCAGUGUGACAACCCUAGCCCUCAAUAUGGUGGCAAAUAUUGUGAGGGGCCAAGCACUCGGACCAGCGUCUGUAAAAGUCCCUGUCCUGUCCAUGGAGUCUGGUCUGGUUGGUCAAACUGGGGCGACUGUUCAUCUACCUGUAUCCCACCUGGCAGAGCUUCAUUGAGGACUCGCCAUCGAUCAUGUUCUAACCCUGCCCCAUCGUUGAACCCACCUGGUAAUGAAUGCCAAGGUGACAACUCCCAAACGGAACAUUGCAACCACCUACCUCAUUGCCCAGUGGAUGGCAACUGGAGUCCCUGGUCAGCCUUCACUCCCUGCCCGGUUACAUGUGGCGUGGCUCUUCAAGUCUCAGAGAGGAGAUGCAACAACCCUGCUCCCAAUCAUGGUGGCCGUCCAUGUCCUGGAAACGAUAAGCAAACCAAACUGUGCUCAACACAAGUCCACUGCCCAGUGGACGGCGUGUGGUCCGAGUGGUCCGCCUGGAGUGCCUGUACGUCCCCAUGGGGAGGAAGAGAUAUCAGGUGCAAGCCAAUAGGUGGCAAGCAGACUCGAAACCGCAAAUGCCAACAUCGAGCUCACAACGGCUCCAUCUGCACCGACGGAAAGUUGACAGACACUCGGGUCUGCUACAACGUUGAUAACUGCGAUAAGAAAGGAAUCUGGGAUGGCUGGGAGCCUUGGAGUUUCUGUAAACCGGUCUGCGGAGUCUCGUCUAAACGUACGAGGUUCAAAAUCUGUAAACCUGACUACAGCGAGUACAGUCCAACUAUUGGUCGUCAGGGGGAACAAGCACAUUACCAUGGAAGGCCAAAGUGUGGCAGGCUUCCUGACGGAGAGAAGAGGUAUGAAUUUGAAGACUGCCUUAAUGUCCCUCCCUGCACCUAACAGUGCAUUAGCCGACAACUUCAACAAUGUCAAAGCUGGCUUUAUUGGUGACAUAUUUGAAGAAACUGCAUUUUAAAGUCUGUUUUCUACUAAAACUUUUUACUCUGGAAGAUGGGUAAAUUUGUUGCUUUGCUUUUUGUGAUUUUUAUCAUUCUUUAUGCAUCCAAAUCAGAUUCUUUAUUAUUGCAAUAGCUUUAAACAAAAUUGGAAUAAAAAAUAAAUAAGUAUG